AUGGAUUGGUCCGCCCAUUAUCCAGCAUUCGUCUGUGAAGAGAAUCCUACUGAAUCAUCUUUUGACAUGCCCACCAAACAAGUGGCAGAAUAUGCAUAUGUUUUACGUGUUGGUGGUAUAAUUUACACCAUAUCAGAUGUAAAAGAUUUACAUGAAUGGAUGGUUAAACAUUUAGACGAACAUCCACUUUUUGAACGAAUACCGGAUGAAGAAGUGGAGAAAGAUCCAGUAAUCCCAAUUGUCAGAACUGAAACGGAAGAAGGCAAAAAAGUCGAGCGCAAUAAAGGCGAAAA